GCAGUGGUCGCGAGAUGGCAACAGCGCGCCAAAUUCACGAGAGAGAAGGCAUUCAAAGUUGGGAAGAAGAAGAUGCAGGGGGAAAAGACGCGCUGAACACUUGGUUGUUGUGAAACAAUUCUGGCUAUUAUACAACAGCAUCUGUUCAUAAAAUAUAAGUUGCAAUAGGGAUAAUAGAAUUCUGCAAUGUAACAUUCACACUGUCUUCCAAAUGUCUUUUUCUGUAAGGCGAAAAAGAAAUCCAAGAGACUUGAGAUGUAUUCUGUUUCCAGAGGACCGAAAAGACACGCGCAGAAAUAUCUCGAAUGAAACAAAAGUGCAAGCCUCAUCCUCACAUAAAUCGUGGCAGAGAUGUGGUGACGCCUUUCUCGAUACCCCGGUUUCAAAGAAACCCAAAACACCUGGUCCAAAACUCGCAACUUUGAGGCAAAGUCUGCUACAAACAUCAGCAGAAAAGAAGAAUGGAGAUACAGAGGAGCCUGUACACAUUGCGUGGAGCUCCAGUGAAAGUGAAAAUUCUGAUUGUGAGGAAAGCAAUCCAUCCAGGAAGACAUCAGAAUUGGUUCCGAAGCAGUCUCGACCCAACAAGUCAACCCAAGUCGACCCAAAAAAGCUCAGCAGUCAUUUGCCGUAUUUGAGAAAUGAACCAGCAGACGACCUUCCGGCCAUUGAGUCUGACAGUGAUCAGCAUGAAGAUGAGGAAGACUACGUCAACGAUGUCAGAGAUGGGGGUAGAAAAGAGAGGGAGCCUGAUGACCCAGUCACAAUUUCAGAUUUCAAGUCUCCAGAGAAGGCCAAAACAGAAGAAAUAAAAGAGAAUACAAAUGUCAAAGGGACACAAAGGGUGCCUGAUGUGGACAUAACAGACUAUGCCUCUGAUGAAGAGGGUGACAACCCGGCAGGUGAAACUUCGUUGAAUGUUUCGGUGUGUGAAUCCAUCGAUCCUGUCGAAGGAGGCCGGGGCCGUUCCCUGAGCGACUGGAUCCGGUCCGAACAGGCACUGUUGCAGACGCCUCAGAAACAGGCCAGCUGCCACUUCAAGACCCCUGAUGACUCCAAUAAAAAGAGAAAGAAAUUUGAAAGAGGAGGGCUGGCAGAGAGGCUCAACCGACUGCAGGCUAGACAAAGAUCAGCCAUCAGCUUCUGGAGGCACCAGUCCACAGCACCCACCACUACUGCUACAGCAGGUAAGGCGGGAGUGCUGGCCCUGCGGAUCCUGCUGGUGAAGGAGGACUGUGGCUUGAGGGUGAGCCUGUGCCAACGCCUGCAGGACGCGCCAAGUGCGGGUCAUCGUGACCCAGCAGAGGAGCCGCUGGAGAGUGCUGCCCCAGCUGCCGCCGCCGCUGCAGCCGAGGGGGGCGAGCAGGGGGGAGGCCAUGGGGAGAGUGACCACUGCCUGGUGCUCUUCAGACGGGAGACUGCGAACCAGCUCGCUCCCUGCCCGGGCGACCUCGUCCACGUGCAUCCGCCCUGGCAAACCCUGGUCAUCGAAGGCGAGAGCCGGCCUGUCAUUCUCAACGCCCAUUUCAGCCAGAGGGUCGUGACCCCAGGAAGGCAGGGGUCCUCGUCCUUGGCGCCCGGCCCGCCGUGGCCCUCCUCCCUGGUCCAGCGGUGUCUCCCCCACCCUCUGGGCCGCAGCUGGGGCCAGUGGCUGGAGGAGCAGCGUGCACCCCCUCCAGCGGAGAGAGGCAGCGACAGCAGCAGACAGGCAGGUGUGUGUGAGCGGGUGCAGCCCCAGGCCUCAGGUGUGUGUGACUCCCUGCUGGAGGCGGUGGAGAGGUUGGGGUCCGGGGGCUACUUGGGGCUGCGUCUGGAGGUGGUGAUCCAGCGUGUCUACUGCAUCUCCAUUCCGCAGCCCUCUCCCGAGCGGUUGCCAAGCCUGCGCAGGUCCCCAUAUCAACGCUCCCCACGCAGCAGCACCACCAGCUCCAGCGCCAACAGCGCUGGCAGGCUGUGUGUGCUGGUGCAGGAUGCGUGGGGCAUGCUCAGCGAGGUGCAGCUCCAGGCCCUGGGCUCGGAGGAGCAGCUGGAGCUGCUGGGCCAGCAGUGGGAGGGGAGGCCCUGCGUGCUGCAGAGGGUCAAGGUGCUGCAGCGGGUCACCAGGCACAGGUGCACAGCCCUCUUCAAUCUGAUAGACAGCCUGUGGCCUCCAACUCUGCCCCUCAGAGUGCAUGCGGGCUGUGAGGAGGGCAGAACAAGAGCAGCGGCCCCCAAUUUCUGCUACUGCCUGUCAGGCAGCGAGGCGUCAGUAUUGGUGAGUCAGGAGUCACUGUCACCCCUUUACCAGCCCCCACGGACGCAGAGCCUGCGGGAAAUACUACAGGAUGGGAAAGAAGGCAGCCGGUGUAGCUUCAAAGCUAGUGUUGUGUUCAGAAGUUUUGAGAACUCAGGUGCAGAAGCUGGUGGUGCAGAGAGCUGUCUGCUGUUUGUGACAGACGCCAGCCUGCAGGGAGAAGAGGACCUUCCUCCUCCUCCACGGCGGACACUGCCCGUGUGCCUCAGUCCAUUCUUCAUGCUCCAGCACUCCGUCCGACAGGCCAUAUCAUCUCCCGCUCCAGCCGCCUCCUCCUCCUCCUCAUCCUCCUGCUAUAUCACAUUCAGGGAUGUGGUUCUGCAGAGAGGUUGCAUGGUGUGCUUGGAGCAGUCCCUGGUUAAGAUAGCCACCGAGCCGUCGGCAGCAGAGCGCCUGCCCACUGACCUCCUCCUCCUCCCACGCCCAGUUCUGCUGGACCAGCUGGGGCCUGACACGGCACCCAACACCCUGUGCACACUGAGCGGUGUGAUUGUAGGAGUGGAUGAAGACACGGCUUACUCCUGGCCGGUGUGCAGCCUGUGCGAGAGUGAUCACCUCGAGAGAGCUCUGGCUAACUGGCAGGGUUUCGUAUGUAGGGCUUGUCGAACAGAAGUAAUAAAACCUAUCAUCCGGAUGCAACUUGAAGUGUUUCUUAACGGUCUUUCCAUGACUGACUGCACCAUUAAAAUAAAGCUGCAGCAGAAAACUAUCAACACUCUUUUGGGUUCAGACGGAAGAGAUUCUGAGUUCCAUGAGGUGGAGAGCCUUCUGGGAAAGGAGGUUGGCCCCCUCAGUGCAUAUGUGCGAGUGAUCACCAGGACCUCAGGCCUGUGGGGCAGUCUGGAGGAGGUCAACCUCUGACAUGCUUCAGCAAUAUGGACAGCUCUCAGACCACUGCACCCUGCCUACUGUGGCCUGGCACUGGAGCGAUAUGGGUUCUCUGUGUGUAGGAUUCUGGUCCUGUUGUGUAUUGUGUGGUGACAGCAGUUCAGUGGGAUUGUGCUAUACUAGCAUGUCAGGAAGGUUUGAUGCAGUGCAGCAGUGGCAAUGCUGGCUGGCAAUGCAUUUAAUUCACAGACAUGUCUCUGCUUCAAGUUGUCUUGUAUAGUGCCAAAUGUUAGCCAAGUGCUGUUCUGUACUUGCACCUGUGUUUAACUAGAAGCCCUCAACAAAUCAAAUGACCAGGUGACACACUUUGGCACUGACAAGGCGCUACAACGCCAUGCUUUAAAGCCAUGUGGGGUUUCAGAUUUAGCAGCCAUGUGAUGGCCUCCACUUCCGUCAACACAGUGACUGUGCAUCUGCGUUACGAGGUAGAAUUCUUCAGACCUCACUACAGUGAUGAGGGAAACCUUGAAUUUUUUUUUUCAUUUUGUAUCUGCUAUGUGUAUGUCGUAUUUAAUUUUGUUACCAGUUGGUACGGUGUCACUCAAUGAGAUUACCUUGCACAUUGUUGAUUCUAGUCAAUAAACAAGCUGAUCUUGGCAACUGA